CUCAUCGUGGUUUGACUGCUAUUAAUCAUUGUACAUCUGCAUUUUCUCCCCUUGUUUGCCUUUGAGGUUUGCGGAAGCGCAUUUUGUUUCGAAUUUAUAUUUAACAGUGAACUUUGGAAAUACACUUGCAAUGGACGAUCCAGAGCUGCAAUCCAUUCGCCAACAGCGCCUUCAACAAAUGCAGGGAAGCAACCCGGAACAGCAGAAAGCGAAACAGGAACAGAUGGUCGCUCAGGAGGAAAUGAAAAACUCAAUGCUUGCUCAGUUACUCGAUCAGAAUGCUCGCGCCCGUCUCAACACUCUGAAACUUAGCAAACCCGACAAAGCCCAAAUGGUGGAGGGCAUGAUUAUUCGGAUGGCUCAAAUGGGCCAAAUCGGGGGGAAAUUAGACGACGCCUCGCUUGUGAAACUGUUGGAAAGUCUCAACCAGCAAAUGCCUAGAAGUAGCUCUACGGUGAAGUUCGAUCGGCGAAGAGCUGCGAUAGAUUCAGAUGACGAUGACGAUUACGGUAUUUGAGGUAGGAACUCGGAAAUGCGAUGAUCGGGGAUUGAGAUUUAAAACCAUAACGAGCCUUAAUCCGACGUUCGUUAAAGAUUUAAGAUUGGCUUGCUGCUUCCCGCCAGCGAACUAUCGUAACAAUAAUUUAAGAAAAGAAAUAAAUCGUUUGUAUGCUUUACAUCAUGAAUAGAUCGUGUUAGCAUACGAAGUCAUGAUUGAGAAACAUCACUGCGGAAAAUACGCUUAGCUUCGAUCUGGAAUUCAAAAACAUAUGUUAAAAUUACUAUGAGAACACAAUGCAUGGUUCAUUACUUUUAUUAAUCUAAAAUAAACAUUUCACCACACUUACAGCAAAAUA